AUGGUGGGCUUCUCCUCCGCCGCGAUAACGUCGACCUGUGACGACAUCUCCCACCGAGCCGUCUCGACAUCGGCCGAGCUCGACGGCCUGCUCAAGGCCAUUGACCACGGGAGCACCGCGGCCCAGCACCUGAUCUCAUUCUCCGCAAAGCUCGACCAGUUCAGAGACACCACGGAACGGCUCCGGACGUGCCUCGACGGCGCGUCAGCCAUCUCGCCGGGCCUGCGGAAUGCCCUUACCAUUUCCCUCCAGCCAUGCGCGGACGCGGCGGCGGUCGUGGACAAGCAGAUCCGUAGGCUCGACCCGGGAAACGUGACGGGCCUCAACGCCGAUGUGAUCCUGCAACAUGAGAGCUAUCACAUGGCGAACACCCGCCUAUUCGCACAGUUCGUCCAAGUAAUCCAGAUGCCCACGGUUGCCCAGCAGGACUCCAAGCUCUCAGCGCCCGACGGGCACCGGCUACUGGAAACGGCCGUGGAAACAUCUCAGAUCGUCCUCACGCGCAGCGACAUCCUUCAAGUCACGGAAGAGUCCAGCAACUUGGCCAUCAGGAGUGCGGCAAACGCAGGAGGGGCCCAGGACAUGGCGGACACGGUGGACACUGCGGAUGUACCCCCGCCGGACUAUCCCACGGGCAAAAGUGGCAAGGGGAAAAGCAAGGCCACCGGCCAGUUCUUCUCGUCCAUCUCCAGCUCCUUCAAGGCAAUGACGGCCGGUUUGCGGGCCAAGCCAGAGCCCAUGGUCAUCGCCAUGUGUCAAGCUGCAAAGAGCGGUGACGUGGGACAUCUCAAGGGCUUCGUCUCGCAAGGGGUCAACAUCAACGGCCAGAACGAGGAAGGGUACACGCCUCUCAUCUGCGCCAUCCGCGCCAACCAAAUCCAGGCCGUCGAGUUUCUCCUCAAUUCGGGGGCCGACCGAUCAGCAAAAGACUCGUUCAGCGGGAAGAAGAAGCCGCCGCUGUUCCACGCCGCCGAGUGCGGCCUCGUGCCGGUUGCCGAGCUGCUCAUCAACGAAGGCGCGGACAUCAAGGAGCGCUCGUGGUCGGGCCAGCCCUUCUUCAUCGAGGUUGCCAACAGCGACCGGCUGGACAUCAUCAAGCUCUUCCUGGUACGGGGGUGCGACCCCAACACCGCGGCCAUCAGCGGGCGCACCAUCUUCAUCCACGCCGUCCAGGCCGGGAGCCUUCCGCACAUGAAGCUCCUGCAGGAGUUCGGCGCCGACGUGAACGCCCGCGACAUCACCGGCCAGCCAACGCUGCACAUGGCCCUGGGCCAGAACCGCAUGGACAUGAUCUCCUUUCUCCUGGAGCACGGCGCGGACCCCAACGCCAUGGAUCUGACCGGCAGCACCAUGAUCGUCUCGGCGUUGCACAGGAAGAAGUACGACCUCGUCAAGCUGCUCCUCACCCGGGGCGCCGACCCGAACGUCACGGGCAUCAUGGGCAAAGGCGUCCUGUGGACGAUGCUGCAGAACAAGGACAUGGAGGAAGGCAUCAAGGUCGACCUCGUCCGCGCGCUCCUGCAGCGGGGGGCCAACCCCAACGAGGUCGACAACUGGGGGGAGUCCAUCAUGAGCCUGGUCAUCACGCUCGGCAACACCGAGCUCCUCCGGACGUUCCUCACGCACGGCGGCAACCCGAACAAGAAGAUCAAGGACGACACGUUCCUCCUUUACGCCAUCGGCCAGGGGCGGCACGAGGACGCGAAGCUGCUCCUGACGCACGGCGCGGACGCCAACGCGGCCGACGGCAAGGGCAGGACGCCGCUCGGCGAGGCUAUCCAGUCCAACAGCCACGCCCUGGUGCUCACGCUGCUCACAUUCGGCGCGGACGUCAACAAGAUGGCGAGCAUCCGGCCGCUGACGAUGGCGCGGCUGCUGCAGAACCCGGAACUCACCCAGUUGCUGAUAGAACGGGGAGCCCAGGCUCCCGAGCCGCCGAAGCAGGAGGUCAUGCCGUCUUCACCAUCGAGUCAUGGCCGUCAGGACACUAGCUCCAGACGUCACAGUCGUCCAGGACGUGAGGGGGCAGAGAUGCCGCCGCCGUACACGGAAGCCAGCGUUCCCGAGGUAGCGGCGGCGGUGGGAUCUCCAGGGAGCGGGCGAAAGCUGGUCUAG